CGUGAAGGAAUGGACUGCUAAGUGGAACCUUUCGUCCUAUCGCUUCUUAUAACAGGGGGAUCGAAGCUGAAGGCAUUUGAUCAAAAUGCCUGAGGAGAUGGUGGACGGUGGGAGAAAGCUUGUAACGCUCGACGACCUCAUCGAUGCCCUGGAUAAGCGCGAGAGAGCGCCGAGCAAUGUCCCGAAGGUUGAUACUUUCCACUUCAAGGGAGAACGGGUGUCCGACUGGCUGGACCUGACGGGGCAAGCACUGGUGGGGCUGUCGGACGAGGUCAAGCUCCAGCGAGUUCUAAGAUAUGUCCUUCAUAGCCACCAUCAGGAAGUGGGCAAGGUCGUGGAUGCCGCCAAUGGUAGUUGGGCGAGGUUCAGGGACAUGAUGCAGAGAAAGUACAGGUUGGGGGAUGGCUUGUUAACCAUGGCGGAUUUGGAGGCCAUGAGCAAGGAUGACUUCUCCACGAUUGGGGCGUUUGUGCACGAGUUUAAAAGGAAGGCGCGGAAGGCGGAAGUGCAAAAGAGGGGAGUGAUCGUGGCCCAAGGCCGGGCGUCGGGGGUAGUGGAAGAGGAGGCUAGGUGCGAGGACUAUGGAGGAGAAGAGACGGGCUCCCAGAUCCUAACCAAGGCCCAGAGGAAGCAGCGGAAUUUACAAGUGGGGGGUCAAGGAUCCGGAAAAGGGCAGGUCCCGCAAGCGAUUGCUGCGCCGCCACCUGCUGCCACGACAACGUCAGCGAUGGCCGGGUCGUCAUGUAUGGGGCCACCGCCGGCUUGUGGGCAUUGGGUGCCGCAUUGUCAGCCAACGUCCUGGCCCAGUUGUAAUCAUUGCGCCUCGUGCGGGGGUAGUCAGACUCAGCCCGGGCAAAUGGUCCCUUAUGCGGGCCCAGCGGCAAGUAUGGGGCCCCCGAGCUACCCUGCGGCUCAGGGUCAGUUUGUGGCCCAACCACCUCCCUCCCAACUGGCCUCGCAGGUUAGCGUGGCCGGUGGAGGAAACCAGAACAAGGCGGACAAGGCAAUGGAGGCCGAGGUCAAGGGGGUCGAGGGGGUGGCGGCCGAGGCCGGGGAGGAAAUGAUGGGGGUCGUGGAGGUGGUUGGAAUGGUCAAAGGGGCCAGAACCAAGGUGGCCGGGGCGGCCAGGAAGGGGGCCAAGGGCCACACUGUGCGGUUCUGUGAGCGACGGCGGGAGGAUGAAUUGUCAGGAUUAAUCUCCUCCUGUAUGGACGGGGAUAUAUAUGACAAGUGGGGUGAGCAUAUCGACCCCAGGACCCCGGGAGGAAUCAGGCAAGAGGCUCUCCGGCGAGCAGCAGCGGGACCCACAGCACCCCCGACAAUGUUUAGGAUGUGGCAGGAGAAGGAAGAACCGACCGUAAGAGUCGAGGAGAUUGUAGCGGAUAGUGAGGAGGUCACUCAGCGACUAAAGGCGGGGACUAUAAAGGAGGAGCCAAUAGUCGUCGAAUCGGAUGACGAGGGGCAGAAAGGGGAAGGAGAGCCGGCCAUAGUCCUCCUGGGAAGGAUGGAAGAUCUGCUGGAAAAGGUGGGAAGGUACCAGUGGAAGUUGCAGGCCUUGUGUGAAGAAGCCCGAGAGUGGGAGGCCAAUCUGCCUGAGGUCUUCCUCUACGACUCUGGACCUGAGCCUUCGCCAGGACAACAGGGGUACCCAAGAGUGGCGACCGUAGGGACGGGCCCUAGGUCAGGUAUGGCCUAUAGACCCCCCACGUCGCAUGGGAGGGUGCCGCAAGCGGCUUGGACUAGGAGCCAAAAUAAGACUGGGCCUAGUCAAGAGCCCAGUCAGGCGCCCAGUCAGGCACCCCCUCGAAAGGAGCCGGAGCCUGGACGUAGGAAGGAGGUGGUGGAGGUUCCGGAGGAAGAGGAAGAGGAUGACAAUGAAGAGGAUGAGAGGCUCCGACAAGAGGAGGAUCAGCGGGCGAAGCUGAGGGCCAAAAAGAGGGGGGCCCAGGAGGAGGCCGAGCCAAGCCUUCCCGACAGCGUGACUAAGAGGAAGAAGUACGCGGUCCGGAUGGAGGAAGGCUUUGAUGUGGAGCGGAUGGUGGACAAACUCCUGGAAGGCCAUAAUGACUUGAUGAACCUAAAGGACAUCCUGGCUUCGGCGCCAAAGCUCCGUGGUGGAUUUGGUGAUAAGGAACCAGAAAGUACUGGGAUGGUGGAUACGGGCGCAGAGAUGAACAUCAUCAGGGAGAAGGAGGGGGUGAUGAUAGGCAUGGAGAUCGACCGCUCGGACCAUGGCAUGCUGCACGGCGCUAACUGCAAGGCCGCCUUUUGCGGCACAGCGUCAAAUAUGAUUAUAGAGAUUGGGAAGGUGCGAGCCAGGACUUGGUUUUUCGUUAUGCCCGAUGUCGAUCACCCCAUCCUUCUGGGGCGGUUGUUCCUGUGCCGGACGGAAAUGUUGAUCUUCAACAAGCACGACGGAACAAUGAUCCUGCUCCUGUGCGACCUGGCGUGUGGGAAUUAUGAAGUUAUCACCUGCCGGAACACGAGGCCGGGGAGCGGGAGGAAUAGGCCCAAUCUAGGCUCGUUCACCUUUGAGGAAUCAGAGAACGAGCGGAGACGGCUUUGGGAAGUGCCCGAGGAGGAAGAUAAGGCUAAGGUGCUGACACUGAGCCUCACAGAUGUCAAUAAGGCCAUGGAGGUGGUGUCGGCUCAUGACAUGGCGGAUCCGAAGGCCAUUAAGGCAUUGCGGGAGCAGGUUUUGGAGAACCCUCAAGUGGGAGAGGUGGAGUUGGUGUAUCGGCUUUCAGGAGGGGGAGGAGGCCCUGCAAUAGCCCAGGCCCGAACGACAAGUCCGAAGGAGAAGGAGGAAGACGAAGUGAUGCCCGGUGUGCGGCGCUUUGUCUGGAAGCAUGUCCAAGACAUCGAUCAGGUUAUGGGGUUAUUGGAGGAACAUAACCUGACGGGGAGCGGCCCCAAGUCGAAACAUUGUCUGCGGGAGGCCAUGAUUCUAGGCUUUGUCUGUAAUGAGAGUGGGCGAAGGCCUGAUGUAAAGAAGACAGACAAGAUUCUUGAGUGGUCGGUGCCCUUCCGCUCGAUAACAGAUGUGAGGAGCUUCCUUGGGACGUGCGGAUUUUGGAGGAGCUUCGUGAAGGACUUUGCCACGAAGACGGAGCAUUUAAGGAAGUUUGUGCGCCAGGAUCAAGAAUGGGUGUGGGGCGAAGACCAGGAAGAGGCGGUCGGUAGGAUGAAGGGAGAGUUUAAGGAAGGAGGCUUGGUAUUGGGAGCGCCAAACUAUGAGGCCAUGGAGGACAGACCAUUUGUCAUUGAGACGGACGCUGGGCCAACUGCCUUGGGAGGAGUCCUGAUUCAGGCGGAUACUGAGGGGAAAGAGAGGCCGCUAAGAUUCGAAAGUCGUACCCUCAAUACAACUGAGAGGAACUACUCUCAGUUCAAGAAGGAGACGCUGGCGGUACUUCAUUGCCUAAGGACCUUCCGGAACUAUGUUUUUGGCAGGAGGCUCAUCUUGAGGGUGGACCCUACUGCACUGGCAUGUUCCCUGAAGAAUUAUACUCCAUCUGACCCAACUGUCGCAAGAUGGUUGACCUACAUUUGGAUGUUUAAUUUCGAGCUGGAAAGGAUCCCAGGGAACAAGAACAGGGCAGAUGGGUUAAGCCGCAUCAACGUGGACGGAUCGGACAAGGAAUCGAUAGAAGACACACCGCUAGUUGAUGGGUUUUUGGAUCAAGAGGAGGACGUCCGCCUGCACAUAAACGAAUGGUCCCUGCGAAUGCCCAGUUGCGUCAGUCACCCCAUAUCGCUGGCACCAAAGGGGUACGAGCAGAAGGAAGAGUUAGUCCUCAAGCCCUUUCAGGAGGAGGAUCCGUGGGGAAGUAAGGAUGUUGGUUGGAUGAUGAAGUUGGCGUUGGCAGGAACGCACAGUCUGGUGGAGGAAGUGAGGACAAUAGAGGAAGGCCCCACUCAGGUAGAGGAGCAUGAGCAGCUAAUGGGAGGGAUGUACCUGCUCACCAAUACGCUCCUGCAGGGAGACUUCAACCGGAAGGGCUCGUUCAGUCACGAGGAGAAUGAGAUUCUGGUUCCUGAAAGCCGAGACGACGAAUUCGAGGAAGGAGAAAUCAAGGAGGCGUUUCAGGCGGAGGAGUACGACGGGAUCUACCGGGAAUUGGGGUUGCUCCUAUCAUGUGAGAUGAGGGAUAGAGAUGCAAGUGCCAAGGCACAGAAGAUGAGGCACCUCUAUGUGGAAGGCAAUGCGGAGGAGUUCAUCCCGGCCUAUGAGCAGUAUAUGCGCGACCAGGGGACUGGGCAGGAGGAGUGGAUGCAGAUGUUGCCCCUCUGGACACGGAGGGCGGAGAGGUCGUUGGCAAGGCAGAUCCGGAACAGGGCACACGACUGGGAGGACUGCCAGGCCCAGUUGAGACAGGCAUUUCGACGACUGGAGCCCCAGAGACCAGAGCCCAGGGUGGAGAGACGACAAAGGAGUAAGAGGCCACGAGGCCCAGAGGCGAGAGGGACCACUACGACCAGAGGGGGCCGAAAGGCCUUGGCACAGCGAGAGGGGCCAGCAGAGGCCGCCCAGGCGGUGGAGCCAGUUCAGGCCGCGGAGCUACCCCCUACCUAUGGACUCGAGCAGGUGGAGUUUCGCCGAAUCACGGGCAGUGAUCUACGGGCCCCGUCGCCAACGUUACCAGAGGGGGGAGAGGCGGUGUCGUUGAGAACGCCGCUCGACAGGUUCGAGGCUCAUCUCGAUGCGUCCCAGUGGGGGGCGUCACAGCUCGGAGCGGACCAGAGCGGACCGGCACGGUAUGAGCCAGUAGAGGAUGAGCCAGAGGAGGAGCCACCUGAGCCGGGGCCUAAGGCGGGGUCUCGCGAACCCGAGGAGCCGCAAACUGAGGGGGUUAUCACUGUUGGGGAUGAUACCCCUCCUCCUACCCCAAUUCCAGAACAGGCGCGACAGUAUUGGCCUGAAGGGAUUCCUGAGCCGGACAAGCCAGAGGAGGGCGAGAGGGCGAGGACACCUACUACUGUAGCCCCGCAGCUAACUGAGCCUACAGGUGCACGCAUGGAUGUGGAGGUGCUGACCCCCGGGGAACCUCCGCCAGGGCCGCCACCCGCAGAGGAAGGGACAAAUGAGAGAGAUCCACUGCGAGAGGGUCACGAGGCGAGGACAGGGAAGCCAUCGGGGGAGACGAAAGAAGAGAAGCGCGCGAGGGUGCAGGUACGCCUCGAAGAGCUAUACCAGGAAAAGCUUAGGAUGGAGGCCGCAGGAGAAGCGCCAAAGCCGCCAAUUGACCCUCCGAUGAGCGAGCAGAGGAUUAGUAAGGCUUGGGCCAGCUAUGAGAGCGAGAGGGAUGCGGCUCGCCUGAGGUCGCAAGAGGUAGGACAGGGGAGUGCAAGAUUGGACGAGGCACGAGAGACAGAGGACUUGGGAUUUUCAACCGCCAGGAUGGAGAUUGAGCGUGCAGAUAGGAGGAUAGGUGAGGUGGUGGUCUCGUCCUUCCAACUGUACUCCAUGCUCCGCGAUGAGUUGGCGGCCUCGAGGUUAGAGGUGGGACAGUUGUCCACCCAACUGGCGGAAGAGAGGGCAGAGAAUCAAGCAUGGAGGUCCCAUAUGGAAGUUAAGGAAGCGGAAUGGGAGAAGAGGUUCCAGGACAUGGCGGCAAUGGUGGAGAGGCUCUCGGCCACUAAGGUGGUCGACUGGACGGAGCAAAGCCGGUAUGGUAUCCAGGGGGAGGAGGUACAGGGGCUCUUUGGCCGGGAAGGGACGACAGAGCCACCUCAGCAAGGAGGCAUGGGGAAGGUAUUCCUGGACCCAAUAGAGGCGGCAGCACGACGGGAGGCUGAGGAGGGGAGGUUCAUCUUCAGGACGCCCACGGAGUUGGCCUCGCGACAAGCCACCCCUAUGACGGUUGAGAUCCCUGAGGGCGAGCCGGCGCAGGGACCCCAACCUCCAGUGGAGGAAGGGGGCCCCACAGAGGAGUCCCCUACGAUCCUUUUGGAGGCGCAGGAGGGUGCCCUUACGGGAGCAGCAGCAUCCACUGAGCCGGAGGCAAUGGGGGGAGAGGCGUCUCGACUGGAUGAGUUAGUGGCAGCUAUGGAGUUGGACAUGCCGUCAAGAGAGCCUCAGAGACAGAAGACCCCAGAGCGUGUGCCAGAGAUAGGGGAGCUGAGGACGCAGUUAGGCUCUUUGGCUACUGGAGCUGACUCAGGAGAGCACAUCUAAGAGCAGCAGCAGGAAGUUAUGAGCGAGCCAGCGACUGCCGUGACUCCACAGCCUUCUGAC